AUGGACCCAGAGCUCAAGACCACCGUAUUGAAGAAUUUCAAGGUAGAGCGUAGGACUAUUGUGGCACACCUCAGAGCACUAUCCAAAGGGCAAAUAGAAGACGGAGCACUCCAAUGGACGAAGACUAACUUGGUUCGUAUACGAAAUACCCUGUCUAUGUGGUCUUUAGCCCUGGAAGAGACCGAAGUGUCCUUCUUUGCAUGCUACCCGCAGAAAUGCGAGGCCCUCGCAGCCAUCGCAGAAGAGAUCGGGGAUGGCUUGGAGUUGGUCAAUGGAGGGAUUACCCCAAUCAAUCGGAAAAAAUUGGCUAUGCUGGCCAUGCAAGUGGGAAGGCUCACAGUGGAUGGCUAUACUGAAGUGGACUCGGUGUCAGUGAAAAGUGCCAUCCAGGCUGAGAGAGAGCAGCGGAAGUGGGAUAUCCGGGCCCCAGAAAGUGAGACAGAGCCAAUGCAGAAACUUCGAGAAAUUUGGACUCGAAUGCAUAUCAAAGUCAAAGAAUGCGGAUGCCGCCAAUGCUUGGACUGGUAUCUACCUUCAGUUGAUCCCCCCCUUAGCCCCCAAAUAUUACCUUCGCCUCCUCCGAGCCCUGAAUCUGAGUCUUCUGGGUCCAGUGAGAACUAA